CUAUAGAAAGAGUAACACAACACUCCAAGAGAGGAGGGGCCAAGCACGAAAAUAUAAUAAGAAGGGGAACGUAGUGAAUGGUUUCUGGAAGAUUAAAAGAAAACUUCAGUAUGGUUUUGGGGGUUUGGUGCAAGUUCGGGGAGAGUCUCAUACGGUUCCAUUCUCUUUAUGUUGAAAAUCGUAAGGUAGAUCAUUUUUAAGACCAGUCUUUUCCACGCCGUCGAAGACGUUUCAACAGAAUGCAUUUCUUCCUUGGACUGUACCUAUUGGUACUGAACCACAUUUUUAUCGUGUCGGCUACGAGUAGCAAGUGCCAAACCGAAUGCGCAAAGUUCAGCACCGUACCAGACAAUACAAAGCUAAAUCGCGGAAUUCGGGAACGCGUUAAUUCGACACUUAAUGUUCUUAACGAAACGUGGAAUUUGGGAUAUCCUUCGUAUCAUGACACAUUUUUGCUUAAUACUAGCGUCGAGGCGCCGAACGUUAAUGAGGAUCCUACGAGAAUCGAUAUAAUUUCACCUAAUUGGUUCACACAAGUUUGGGAGGCUAGUCAUUCACUUUUGGAAAAUUUGAGUCCUGCGUGUCAGAGAGAUGCUGCGGUUUAUCUUCAGGAAAUUAAGAACGUGACGGAAUGGGCGAUCAGAAUGAUGGACGCUUCUGCGAAAUUUCCUCACGGAAUUCUCAUGGGGAAUAUAAGAACUCUGGGAGACUUUGACGAGUGUCUCUCUGUGGUUGCUCCAAUGGAAAUCAAACCGCAAUACUGCAUGGCGAAUAUUCGUUUGAAUAAAGGAUUGAUCCGCGAGAAGUAUCCGAAGUGGUUUGAACUAUUGCGACAGUCAACCUAUGAUCGUAUUGAUACAGAAAUAGAAGAGCUUGUACGAGGAAUAUUUCCGGCACCAAAAGCAUCUAGAUUCGAAUGGGCUAUAUGUGUUCCUGCAUCCUGCUCGCACAGGGAUGUUCAGGAUAUUCUAAAUGUGGCUGCAGCUAGGAUCCUACCGGGUACCGGUACCUUUGUAGAAGUGACUCCUGAAGAUUGUUACAAUAACGAACCUAGAGAAAAGUUUACGCGAGGAGAUUAUAUAAUAUUAACUCUCUUGGGUCUUAUAAUUUUACUGGUGCCGAUAGGAACGUUAAUCGAUAAUGUAACCCAUCAAAAAGAAGGAUUACUUUUCGAUAUAUUCAGAGCCUUCUCCCUAAGUCGUUCCUGGAAUAAGUUGACUAAUUUUGCCAAUUCGGAGAAAGAUACGAUAGGAUGCAUAGAUGGGAUGAGAUCGCUAUCAGCUCUAUGGGUUGCACUCGGUCAUCAAGGUCUAGUUUCAUCGAAUUUACCCUAUACGAAUAAGAUAUCCUAUUUCAACACCCACAAGAUCUACGCAAUAUUGCCAAUUUGGAAUUUCUGCCUGGCGGUUGAUACAUUUUUAAUAAUUGCUGGCUUAGUACGUUGCUACAGUCUAAUGCUAAGCUUAGAGAAAAGAAGAGUUAAUCAUGUCAAGAAGUUUCUUCAAAGAUACUUAAGACUGACACCAGUCUUGUUGGCAGUCGUUGGAAUUUAUAUUACCGUUUUACACAGACUGUCAACAGGUCCAUAUUGGAAGAAACAAGUUGACAGCAAUAGUCUUGCCUGUAAGAUAAAUUGGUGGCAGCCUAUUUUUCAUAUGAACAAUUACGAUAAGGAUAACGCGAAUAGGUGUGUCUUACAGACUUGGUACACUUCUAUGGAUAUACAAUUAUUUCUUAUAUCUCCAUUGCUGAUCAUUCCUCUACGGUAUAGUCCAAAAUUGGGUAUAGCAUUUUUGUGCAUUCUCAUCGCCGUUGUUACCGGAAUUCAGGCGCUGACAUUAUGGAUACUGAACUUGCCUGGGUUACCAAUUACGUUUCAGAGAAACGAAGAAAUACUGAACAUGCAUAUAACUAUGUAUUACGAUCAUACUCACAUAAGGAUAGUACCCUACUUAAUUGGAAUUCUGACAGGUUACUUUAUGUACUGUCACAAGAGCAUCACGAUGUCUAAGAUCCAACUGAUUAGUGGAUGGUGCUUAGCAUUAUUUGCGUUCUUAUACCCUAUUAUGGGUUCCUAUGACAUUAUUACUAAUGAGAAAACUUAUAAUGCCGGGAAUCAUAUAUUGUUUGGUACAAUUCAUAAAUCUAUCUGGGCUCUAGCGAUGGCCUGGCUCAUUUUUGUCUGUUACUAUGGAUACGGAGGAAUUAUCAAUAGUAUUCUAUCUUCCAAAAUAUUGAAACUGUUAUCACGGUUAUCAUACAGCAUUUUCGUGUCACAUUUCAUAACGUUAAUAAUUUUUGCCGGUCACUUACGAACGCCAAAACACAUGAACUUCUCAACAAUGAUAAAGGAUACUUGCGGUGAUCUGUUCCUUAUAAUAUUAAUAGCCGCUUGCUUGCAUCUCGUGAUAGAAGUGCCAUUCGAAAAGCUUUCACAAAUGUUAUUCGCGCGAAAGCGGGAAGAAAGAAAAAAGACAGAAUGACAAAGUCCAAAAAUGAAAAUAAAAUCAAAAAAGAGAAAUGACCAAGAGUGGAUAACUGAAAAGAAAUGAAGAGGAUAGAAACAAUAAAAAAAUUGCAAGAAAUAUCAAACUCAGUCUUAGUCUGUAUAAUAUAGUUAGAUAAGAAGUAGGACAGGCAACUUCAAUAAAAUAAAAGAUAUUUCGAAUAAAGCGAUUCACGUCCUGAGAAGAGCA